AUGAAGAUUAAUUUAUUCGUAAGCAAAAAUAAUAAGAUUAAGGAGGAGGUAGAACGGAGUGGUAGCACAAAAGGCACAUCAACUGGUACAUUGAAGAAUAAGAAACAUGGAGAAUUUCGAAUAAGGGACAAUAUUGGAAGGAAUAUAACCAACGAAACAAAAGCAAAAAAUCAAGUAGGGAAUUUUUUUUUUCCAUCAGACGAUGAGGAUGAAGAACUAUACGAGUUUGAAAACAACCAAAAUAAAAAAAUAACUGAAAAAAAAAAUAAAGAAAUCGAAAGAGAAAUAAAAGAAUAUAUAUAUGAACACGAAAACGUGGUGGAAACGAAUCCAAGGAAAGGAUUAAAAAUAUAUCAUGAGAACAAAAAAAAGAAAAUUCAAUACCUGGGUUAUAGGGGUGAUGAGUUGACAAAACUGAAUGAUGAUGAAUUAAGCGAACCUGGGGAGAAGAAAAAGAAGAAGAAGAAAUCCAUCCCAGAUUGCGAUGGCACGGAUGAAAGGAAAAGUAAGUUCCCAAGUGAUGAAAGAAGUGACAACAGUGGACGGAGGGGACAAAAACGCGAUUUCGGAAGAGACAACGAAAUGGGGAAAGAUGAGGGGAAAUUUUUUGAUAAAUGUAAAAAUGGAAAGAAAAAUAGAGAGAGAGAAAUCGAGUUGGAAAAGGAAAUUCGCAUAGAUGACAUAUUCAACAAGAAAGAAAAUAAUCAAAAGAACAAAUCAAAAUACAUGGAUGCACUGAUUAAUAGCGCCAAACGAAGAGAAUUAGAAAAAGAAAUUUUGAUACAGAAAAAACUCCAAAUAGACACUUCUAAGGAAGAAAAGGUUUUUAUAACGAAAGCGUAUAAAAAAAAAAUGAUGGAGAGGGAAUUAAUUAUAAAGGAUUUGAAAGAAGAACAUUAUCAGUUGAAAAAUGAGGAUAAGCAAACAAAUUAUAAUUUGAAUUUAUUUCUGAAAAACAUAAAUGCACCAUCAAAUUAUGAUAGAUCCAACAGAAGGCAGUAUUAUGAGAAGUGA